AUGCUGGAACCCGCUCAUGCUAAUCCGUCGCAGCAAUACCAGGCGCUCCUCGAUCAGUCCACGCCCUACGUGCUCUACAGAUGGAUCAGCACCGGAGCCUUCCUGCUCGUCUUCUUCGCCCGCAUCUUCGUAGCGCAAGGCUGGUACAUCGUCGCAUACGCGCUCGGCAUCUACCUGCUCAACCUAUUCCUGGCCUUCUUGCAGCCCAAGUUUGAUCCCUCCAACGAGGCGAUGGACAAUGAGAUGGAGGACGGCGGUGUUGGCAUUCUCCCCACCAAGCAGGACGAGGAGUUCCGCCCCUUCAUCCGCCGCCUCCCCGAGUUCAAGUUCUGGUACUGGGCCACCCGCGCCAUCCUCAUCGCCUUCUUCUGCAGUUGGUGGGAAAUCUUCAAUGUCCCCGUCUUCUGGCCCGUCCUGGUCAUGUACUGGUUCAUCCUCUUCUUCCUGACGAUGCGCAAGCAGAUCCAGCACAUGAUCAAGUACCGCUACGUCCCCUUUACUUUUGGCAAGAAGAACUACGCCAAGAACAGCUCCUAG